CGUCAGUUAAGUCAUGCAUCAAAAUUUUUGUUCGCUAUGAUUUUUCAUGCAAUCUUUCAUUAAACUUAUGUUAUCAAUGCAAUAAAGCUGGACAGUCAAAGGCUGUCUAUUCUUCUUGGAUGUUCUGAUACAAUGAACUUUCUGAAAUACAAGUUCAUUGGAAAGAGUGAACGUAAUAUAACCAAUAACGAUCACAGUCAAGGGCAUCUCAUUGAAGGUAAGACAGAAAACCGAAGAAAAAUAACAACAAAAUGCUGUCAAGGAUGAUACCAAAUGUGACGAAGACUGCUUUUAGCACAGCAGUCAACGCUAAUAAAUAUCUGCAAUAUUUUCGGGUGGGAAAAAAAAUUGGCAGCGGCAAUUUCGGAGAGCUCAGGUUGGGGAAAAAUCUCUACAACAACGAGCACGUUGCCAUCAAGUUGGAACCUAUCAAGUCCAAAGCUCCACAGCUGCAUUUGGAGUACAGGUUUUACAAGAUGUUGGGAAAUGAGGAGGGUGUUCCAAAAGUAUUUCAUCUGGGCACAUGCGGUGGCAGGUUCAACGCCAUGGUGAUGGAACUUCUGGGGCCAAGCCUGGAAGAUUUGUUUACGCUGUGCAACCGCCGAUUUCGUCUUAAGACUGUGCUGAUGAUUGCGAACCAACUCCUCACCAGAAUCGAAUACGUUCACACAAAAACGUUGAUCUACAGAGAUAUCAAACCUGAGAAUUUUUUGAUUGGAAGAUCCAGAGCUAAAAAGGAUAAAGUUGUGUUCAUCAUUGAUUUUGGUUUGGCCAAGGAGUACAUAGAUGCUGAUUCUGGGAAGCAUAUACCAUACAGAGAGCACAAGUCUUUAACUGGAACAGCACGUUACAUGAGCAUUAACACCCAUCUAGGCAGAGAACAAUCCAGACGCGAUGAUUUGGAAGCCAUGGGUCACAUGUUUAUUUAUUUCUUGAGGGGUUCACUUCCAUGGCAAGGCCUCAAAGCGGAUACGCUGAAGGAAAGGUACCAGAAAAUCGGCGACACCAAAAGGAAUACAACCAUUGAAACGCUUUGCGAGGGACACCCUGAAGAAAUAGCGACAUAUCUACGAUACGUAAGACGUUUGGACUUCUACGAACAGCCGGACUAUGAAUACUUGAGAAAAUUAUUUCGGGACCUUUACACGAAAAAAGGGUACACGGAUGAUGAGACGUUUGACUGGACUGAACGGCUUCUAUGGGCUAAUAAGGAUAAAAGAGCCUCUCAAUUAUCGGGAGAAUAAAUAUAAAUUGUGUGUUUUACUCUAAGUAUAUGUAUUUUUAAUUUAAAUUUUUUAGUGAUUUGUCUUAUUUGAAAUUGCUGUCUGUUGUAUAUUUUUAUAAAUAUGAAAUAACAUAGGUUAAAUAA